AGAACGAGGCCAAGGUACUUGAAGACAAACAAAUUAGCCUUUUUUUUUUUCACAACUGUACAAAGGCACGAGGGACAAAGCAAAUAGAUCAGAGCCGUCAGUCAAGAUGGUCAAGAUCGGCGGCGCCACACUUGAGGAGGUCUCUCCCUACUUCCACCUUCCCAUUGAAACCGCAGCGAAGGAAUUAGGGGUCUGCUCAAGUGCGCUGAAGCGGAGAUGCAGACGGCUUGGCAUCAAACGUUGGCCCUUUCGAAAGUUGCGUGCUCAGGUGAGAAGUCGCAUGUCACUAUCAAGGACAAUGGAUGAAGUCUGUAGAGAGCGCACACUACAGGGAGGAUGCCUGACGAGUUAUUUUAAAUCAGAGGCAGCAACCAUUGGAACGACAAUUCCUUGUUCAAAUCCUGCCAUGGGAGGAGCACUGGGGUCGCAGCUGGAUAAUCGGGCACCUUCUUCCAUCAAUGUCCGCCUGCCAUGUGCAACCUUAGCUAAUCGACGCUCUGGCAAUGAGAUCAUCAUCAAACAAGAGGCUGGUGACCAGCAUGAAGAUUUGGAGCCUCAGCCAACAGAUGGCCAAGCUGGGCAUGAUGGAAAUGCGGGCGAAUCAACAACACAUAGUUCAUAUGGCACAACAUCUCCUGUCCUCCACAUGGACUAUAGGAGAAAUGAAAAGCAGACUUCCUCAUAUGAGUCCUACAGAGAGGAUACCAUUCGACACAUUGCAUCUGCUCUCCAAGCUCAGGACGAAUUUGUGCACUCCAGUAAAUGACUUUGAAAAGCAAUGGCAGCUUUGAGAACAUAAUAAAUGAAUGUUGCGCCUGUCA